AGCGUCAACUCAAAGCUAGCAUACGCAUAUCCCUUCUUCUCCUCUCCACUAUAUAUAUACCUAACCCAAACUCUAAUCAAUCAAUCGACAUUGUUUACAAUACGCAAAUCAAAAUACAUACCGAUAUACCAUGGCUCUACCAAAUCAACAAACGGUUGAUUAUCCAAGCUUUAAGCUGGUGAUUGUUGGUGAUGGAGGAACAGGGAAGACUACUUUUGUGAAGAGGCAUCUAACUGGUGAAUUUGAGAAGAAGUAUGAACCUACUAUCGGAGUGGAAGUUCACCCAUUGGAUUUCUUCACAAACUGUGGAAAGAUUCGUUUCUAUUGCUGGGAUACUGCAGGACAGGAGAAGUUUGGUGGGCUUCGUGAUGGAUACUACAUCCAUGGACAAUGUGCUAUUAUAAUGUUUGAUGUCACAGCUAGACUCACUUACAAAAAUGUCCCUACAUGGCAUCGCGACCUUUGCAGGGUGUGUGAGAAUAUUCCGAUUGUUCUAUGUGGAAAUAAGGUGGAUGUGAAGAACAGACAAGUUAAAGCAAAGCAAGUUACAUUUCAUAGGAAGAAGAAUUUGCAGUAUUAUGAAAUCUCUGCUAAAAGCAAUUACAACUUUGAGAAGCCAUUCUUGUACCUUGCUAGAAAACUUGCUGGAGAUGCAAACCUUCAUUUUGUGGAGUCACCUGCUCUUGCUCCUCCAGAGGUCCAAAUUGAUUUGUUAGCCCAACAACAGCAUGAAGCGGAGCUUGCUCAGGCUGCGAACCAACCACUGCCUGAUGAUGAUGAUGAUGCAUUUGAUUAAGUGGUUGUUUAUGGGGAUUUAAAAAAUAGAAUAGUUUUUGUUUUUCUUUUAAAUGCAAGUUUUUGUACUCGAAUUUAAAAAUUCGUAAUGUUUCAUAUUUGCGUAAACGUUUUAUGUGUUUUUGAAUGGGGAUUUUUUUUUGUUAUUUUGGUUGGAGAGAAAGAAGGAAACAUCAAAAUCAAGAAACGAGGUAAUUUGAUUUGAGAAAACAACGUGAAAACAUGAAGUUAAGGGAGGCAUGUGGAGGCAUGUUUUGAGGAGAAGGUUUGUUGGUUGUUGAUGAAAAAACGUCUUAAAUUUCCAGAUCCCCACUUCCUCAGACAUGUUUUGUGAGCUACUCCGGUUUUCAUGCACCAUAAUGGGUCCAGUCAUUUAGCACCCCCCACCUCAAGGACAGACAGGUGUAUAUGUUCUAUGGGAUGGUCAUCCAUCACACUCUUGGAUCAAUUUUUAUAUUAUAUACAUUUUCUUCAAACUAAAAGUACAUUUUUAUUUUUUUAUUAUAAGAAAAAAUAAAGUUCUUAGAUGACUGUCCACAUUAAGUCCAAUCGAUAAUGGAAUCCGGUCUAUUUCUCAACAAGACCAUUUACAUAUUGAGAUGAGGUUUUAAUAAUACCUUUAAAAGUGAUGAUCAUUUCUCAGUUUUCUG